CACACCCAUUUAGCACAAGCAAAGGAAGAAGGCGAAAACACAGCAAGCUAUAAAUUAUGUCUUAUCCAGGCGGCUAUCCACAACAACCAGGACCUCCUGGGGGCUGGCAGCAGCCUCCACCCGGUGGGUACCCUGGACAACCGGCUCCCGGUGGGUACCCCGGUCAACCGGCUCCCGGUGGGUACCCCGGCUAUGGACAGCCUCCUGUGGAUCCAUUGUGGGGUUAUUUCAGCGCCGUUGCUGGACAGGACGGUCAGAUUGAUGCCAAUGAGUUGCAGAGGUGUCUCUCUUCCAGUGGUAUCUCUGGAUCAUACCAGCCUUUCAGCAAGGAAACUUGUCGCAUCAUGAUUGCUAUGCUGGACAGAGACAGAAGUGGUAAAAUGGGUUUUAACGAGUUUAAGGAACUAUGGGCCGCCCUCAACCAAUGGAAGACAACCUUCCAAAGGUUUGACACUGAUCAGAGUGGUACUGUGGAGACCCACGAGUUUCAGCAAGCCGUGACGGCUUUUGGCUACAACCUUCAGCCCAACACUAUUGCUGUUCUUGUCAGGCGUUUCUCCAAUGACGGAAGGAUUGGAUUUGAUGAUUUUGUGUCUUGUUGCAUUAAACUGAGGGCACUGACUGCUCAUUUUCAAGCCAGGGAUACUAUGAGAAAUGGCUCGGCCACUUUCCGUUUUGAUGAUUUCCUGCAAGUAGCCAUGGGUCUUUAGAGAAAAAAAUUAUGACACCAUUUAAUUCUGGUUUUUUUUAACUUAGACUUUUUAGUUAUUAUUAAUUAUAGUUAUUAUAGAUGUCAUUUGUUGAUAACAGGUUUACAGUAUCAUAUUGUAAUGGUA